GUUGGUUCCUCCAGUUAAGCCAGUGGCCUCACCAGCGCUUUCACCCUUCCCCCCCUUGGUCGGUGAAACAUUGCGUAUCAUGGCCUGUAUUUCCGUGUAGGAAGGUGUGCCUUCGUUCAUCUUUGGUAUUUAUUUUCCGUCCUUUCCUCUUAUACGAAACAUCAUUAUUCAUCCCAUCCAUUCUUUUCUGCCCUUGCAAUUUCCAACUAUUAUACUUUCUUUUUUUCCUCUUUCAGCUUCGCUUUAGCACAUGCGAAACCUCAAACUACACCGAGGUCACAGUCAUUCUUACUAGCGUUACCUGUCACUUGGUAUUCGGAAGCACCCGAACUUGCAAAUCAGCCAUUUGGGUAAUGAAGAAGACGAUCGUGAAGUACAGCACCGAACACGCCCCGAAACCCAAUUAUUGCCUAUCUCCUACGUAAUGAGUCCUCUCCCGAUUAACCAGUCGAUACCAUCGGCGGCAUCGCUGGCGUCGCACUUUGCUCGAGCCAUCUCCCACGUCUUGACGACGCGCGACGAGGACGAGGAUGCAAAGUGCCACCCGCGACCUGACAUAGACCUUUGCGAAAAGCCCCAAGCAUCCAAUCACACGAUCGAAAUCUUAAUCGGGGUAUUAGGCGGCCUCCUCGUUGUCUCAACAGUCAGCAUUCUUCUUGUGCUGCACAUCCGGCGCCAGCGGCAAGACAGGCGAGAGUUUCCCAAGAGCAGCCAAGAACUUGAUGAUUACGGUGUCGGCCCUAUGCCCCCUACUACUACUACUGCUGCUGCUGCCAAGCCUCCCAGACCCACCAAACCUCAGAACGCGUAUCGCCAGCCGCGCGCGGAACCAGACGAUGGCGACGACCUCAAACCGCCCGGGCGGCGGGAUUCCCUAAACUCUCUUGCGCGCUCCAUCCGCGGUAACCCAGAUGCUUACAGAUCAAGGCCAGAUGACACAUCGCUCGAUAUGAAACCCGUAGAGCCGGCAAGUCAGCUGUAAGGGGGAAGAGGAAGAAGAGAAAGGGAAGAGAAGGGUGAGAAGGAGAAUGUGAUACCCAUCGUCAAGCCCUGAUUUAUGAAGAUCAAUAAGUAAAAUGAGUAGAUCUAGCGAUAGGUCAAUUUGUAGUGGAACUGUAGUUUUCGUCUUCAACUACCUAAGCUCUCGCCCAAAAUGAUUGUGGAUUUUGCUUCGCUUCUGUCUACCAUGUACAUAUGAUCUUGCAUCAUUCUUGCUAAAACUAGCUUGUUUAGCUUCGAGCUAUACGGAAUAGAUAGAGAUGACUAUAUUCAAUAUAAUAGAUAUGACAGCCAA